UAAAAAAAUUUUGGGGGCGAUGAAUAAGCCCCGGCCCUCACAAAAAAAAAUAAAAGGAAAAAAGAAGAAGAAGCCCAACGGCCCAUCAGAAUCUCUUUGCUCUGCCUGAAGUUGCGAGGAUAGUGGCGCCGAUAUGAUACCCACGACCACCACACAUAUGAUACAACGGCCAACGACUCUUUCCCAGUCUGUCUCUUCGUAUUUGAAUAAUUUUCAGCCGCUCUUUCCUUGUUGAUUUCUUUCUUCUCUCAUUAUUAUGAUGUUGCAGUAGAUGGAGGGCAGUGGCAGUGAUAAUACCAUCCCCAACCAAAACAAGAUAUUUACUUGUAUUGCCAUAUCAGUCGAUUUACAGUUUUCAUCUGUAGAAAUUAGAUUCACGUCGAGUUCGAGUUCGAGUUCAUGUUCAUGUUAGGCAUAUGAAAAAGAAAUGAGUUGAUCCUUCUUCGCAUGUAGCUAGGUUGGCUUGAGCUACCAAAUUCCGGUUCAAAAGUGUGGUUUGCGCCUUUGAUCACAUAUCGCACUCACUGUUAUCUUUGUUUCCUUUGUAAAUACAGGCAAGUUAGACAGGAUGGAGCAAGAUAUGUGACAAGGAACUAAAAACUUUCGAGAGUGAACAGAGUGAUAGUUUCGUUGCUCUUCAUGCUUAGUAUGCUUUAAGGUCUAGCUUAAUUCACGCUAGUUUCAGACCCUACAGCAUUGAACCUUUUUGUUAGUUUUAACAGAGUUUUCGGCAUAACUCUGUAUCUUUCGUUUUUUCACCUCAACUUCACUUCACUUCACUACUUCAAUGUAACCUGAUAAUCAUAUGGGCCUUGCAACUUGUCCCAAGGAUUACUACAAAAUUUUGGAGGUUGAUUAUGAUGCAACUGAUGAGAACAUCAAACUAAACUACCGAAGGCUUGCUCUGAAGUGGCAUCCUGAUAAGCACAACGGUGGCAGUCACGUUACAGAAAAGUUUCAAGAGAUUAAUGAAGCUUACGAAGUGUUGAGUGAUCCUGCUAAGCGACUUGACUAUGAUCUAACUGAGAUUGAUAAGUAUACUUUACCGGAAUAUCUUGGCAGAUUUAGGGGAAUGAUACUUACAUGCAAUGGCCUGGGUAUUAGUCAUGCAUCAACAUGGUCACAACAAUUGAUGGAAACUGAUGGCUUAGCAGAGAAAUCAGCCUAAUAAGGUAGUGUACCUACGGAUUUAUAUAAAAUUUUCUGCCUCUGAUCCACUUUGGGUGAUCAAAACUCAAAUGCCUCAGCAUGAAUACAACACGAGGGAGAACCAUCAAGAUAUUGCUGCUGUCAAGGGUAGCCUGUCAAAGUGUCUGCGAGUGGUUCCAUCCAACUCAUUGAUGUGAGGCAAUGCGCGAGCAAAGAUGACAUCUAGGAGGUUGACGACAAAGGGGAUGCAAUAGGGUCCAGAGAUGAGGGGCACUUGUCUUGCCGCAAAAGACAGCGUCUCCGGUUCUCAUCAGCGAGUAUUAAGGUGUGGUUCUGAAAGCCCUGCCCCAGAGUCCCCUUUGUGAACACCAGGUUCCUUCUUUGCCGCCUUCUGCUUGUGCACCCUGCACCUUCACUGCAAACCAUCUUCAAGUGUCAUCUGAUUGAUCAGAUUAGUCAAAUCUUCUCCGCUUCUUGUUUCUGUAAUUUUUUGUGUAUAUUCUUUUCAUUGUUCCCAACUUUGUUGAAUUAAACCUCUCGAGAGUCGAUAGAGAAUGAGAUGAACAAACCAUCACUAUUGUUGAUUGGAUUCUGGCAUACAUGACAAUUGAAAAUCGAUUCUUGUA